AUGAAGUCCGCUCUCCUCUACUCCCUCCUGGCCCUCCCUGCCAUCCAUGCCGCUCCCACCGGGACCAACCCUCCCCUGCGAGGCUCCGAGGAUCUCCUCGGAUACUCCCCCUCCAACACCAUGUCUGACAAGCAGACCGACGACAUCCCGUACGUGCCGGUGCCCGGGCAGACGGACACGCCCGACAUGGGCGUGUACCUCGACUUCGAGGACGCCGACAGCCCGCAGCCCAUGCGCGGAGACACCGGCGGGACGGACCCGGGGCCCCGCAACGAAAACUACGAUCGCAUCAACAGCGACAAGCUCGCUCCCCCGGGAACAGACAGCGGGCAGACGAUCAAUGCCCAAUGGCCCAUGGGCCUCAGUCAUAACCGACUCGGCCUGAGCGGAUCCGGGUGGGCGCGCCAGGAGAACGAGGUGGUGAUGCCGGCGGCGACGGAGAUGGCGGGGGUGGACAUGCGCCUGGAGGCCGGGGCGUAUCGCGAGCUGCACUGGCAUCUUGCAUCGGAAUGGUCGCUGGUGCUGAACGGAUCGUGUCGGAUCGAGGCCGUCAACGAAAAUGGACAAACUUUCGUCGAUGACGUGAGUGAGGGCGAUGUCUGGUUCUUUCCUCCGGGCAUUCCGCAUUCCAUCCAGGCGCUUGAUGACGGGGUCGAGUUCCUGUUGAUCUUCGACGACGGGACUUUCUCCGAGGACAACACCUUCCUGGCCACCGAAGUCUUUGCCCAUCAGCCGAAAGCCGUACUCGCCAAAAACUUCGACCUCCCCGUCGCUGCCUUCGACGACAUCCCGGAAGACGAACUGUACAUCUUCCCCGGCACGCCCGCGCCCGCCAACAUCUCCGAGCAAAACGUCACCGGCGCGGCGGGCGUGGUGCCACGCGAACAGACCUACUCGUACCACUUCUCCGAGCAGCCCGCGCACGAGGUGCAAGGCGGGUCCGUCAAGAUCGUCGACUCGCUGACCUUCCCCAGCUCGUACAACACCGCCGCGGCGCUGGUGACGGUGCAUCCGGGCGGCAUGCGCGAGAUCCACUGGCACCCGUCCAGCGACGAGUGGACGUUCUUCAUCAGCGGGCAGGCGCGCGCCACGCUGUUCACGGCGCCGUCGACGGCCACCACCUUUGAUUAUCGGCCCGGUGAUGUGGGGUAUUUCCCCAUGUCGAAUAGCCAUUAUAUCGAGAACACGGGCGAUGAGGACCUGGUGUUUUUGGAGGUCUUGAAGACGGAUCAGUUUACUGACAUCUCCCUCGGCCAAUGGAUCGGCUCCACCCCCAAGCAGAUCGUCGCCGACACGCUGCAUCUCCCGCAGAGCGCCCUGGACCGGCUGAAGACGCAGAAGAUGUAUGUCGUAGCCGGGGGGAAUGCGACGGACGCGUAGAUGGGUUGGUGAGGUGCGGUGAGGGGGAUUUGAGAUACCACUGCGUUGCUGCUUACUUUCUUUGAACUGAGCCGAGCUAAGCUACCGAG